AUGGCGGCCGCUGUCCUGUUGUGUGGCUGCAUCCUGGCAUCUGUCAGCUUCACCUGGGAGAGGAGUCUUACUCAGCAUGUCUCUGGGCUGCUCUUCCUCAUGGCAGGGAUCUUCUGCACCAUCUCCCUGUGUACCUACGCAGCCAACGUGUCCUACGACCUGGCCAGGGUCCCUCCCUUCAUCUACGGGCUGCCUGCUGACGUGGAGCAUGGCUACAGCUGGUCCAGCUUCUGUGCCUGGCUCAGCCUGGGGCUGACCGUCGCGUCUGGGUGUCUGUGCACCACCUUCCCAGUCCUCAGCUGUCACAGCGCCAAGGUCCGGCAGGGCAAGGCCUCCCCCGGUGGCGGCGUGUGAUGCAGUGUUUUACACGAAACCGAUCCUUGUGAAACGCUCACACUCAGGGCCCUAGCAGGGGUCUGCAGGCCGGGGCUGGGUCUGAUGGACACCUUGCAGCAUCGGAGCGGCAGUGAGGGCCUCCAGACCAAGACCAUAUCGGUCUGACACCUGUCAGCAGUCCGUAGGAGUAACACCCUUUUCUGUCUAAAAAACAUCUGAAUAGAACUCUGAAUAGAAUUAUGGAAGCAUUAAUGUCAGCUACUCCCAUGCCUUCAGGCUUUUUGGUGGUCUUUGUGCACUUUUGUCUGUGAUUCAGCCCACGACUGCCUCUGCAUAUUAUACUGUAUAUCCUGUGUGGGGAGGAGGAGGGUGUUCUAUACAAAUCACAAUAGAAAAUAAGAAAGAACUUGAUUAAAGAUGGACAUCUACUCUAAUCAAAACCGACCUAUCAGAAUAUAUACAGCAGCUCUCAGAAGCAUUCUCCCAUGGACAUUUACACAUUUUAUUGUGUUAACCCCCUUUAAAAAUUCUUAUUAAAUCAAUUUUGAUUUCAUGUCAUAAAAACAUAUUUCUGAGAGUCCUGUAGACUGUGAUAUUAGGCAAAAUGCCUUGGAAUACAUUCACAACAUUUAAGAUCGACUACAUUACUCCAAUAUCAUAACUAUGAUACAUAACAUAUUCCCUGAUGUCUAUCCCAUGUGUGAAAAAUGCAUGUUUUUUGUGGUGUCUGCAUUUUAAAAGAAAUCUUCAAUCUACGUGUCUUCUUGUUUGAUUCUUAAGUGUAAAAAAAAAGGUCAAAUUUUACAGGGCAACAAAGAGAAAGACUUCUGCCUUUGGACAAACACAAGGCAAAUGCAUCCUACCUUCUGCAUAUUCAGUGGAUUGAUUUAACAGUGAUGAGAACACUGAGAAACACAGUUUCUUCCUUGUUUCUUUCUCAAGACCGUCAUGUGGUACAAUAGUGGACCUCCAACCAAAACUAAGGAAAACCCAUCUGUGGAUAUUCAUGAAUGAUCUUAUUAACGGACACUGACCAAACCCCUGUGUACAUGCAACUAACUCCAUGUGGACGUUUCUGCUAGAUAUUAACCCUAACCCCAGUGGACUCUUCACCCUUGUUUCAGUGGAUGUUUUCUCACAUGUACCAUUGAACAUUUGCACUAUUCCCACAGUGGGUCUUUGUUGUACAUGAUUCACAUGCUGAGAUUCGAUAAGUAGAGCUGAAUCAUUUCAGACUAGUCCUUUUAUAAAAGGAAACUGAGGAAUACUUGAAAGAUCUAUCCAACCAUUUGCACAGUCAUUGGAACCAUCGCUUAAAAGAGUAGCUCUUUCAAUGAAGCCCAUCUCCAUUAAAGAAACAUAUACUGUACAAGCGUAUAUAUUGUCUUGCUGAAUAGUAGAACUGUAUUCCAGGGUUAAGUUUACAGAAGACUCAGGUGGGUUUUCUUUCCAUUUUACAUUGGAAAAAUACUUAUUGAGUUCCACUUUGACCCAUAACAAAAAUUAACUGUAAUGAAGUGUUACUGAUUUAGGUCUACACAUAUUUGUCAGUGUUUUUCUGCAUUAAUUGCAUUGUUGCGAAGUGAUAGUUUGAAUGGAUCUUACAUGCCACUGAUGUUGAGAGAAUGCAAUGUUGUGGAUCACUUUUCUGAAGAAUUGUGGUUGCAGUAUUAUGUUAUGGUAUGUUUGUCACAUAAUUAACAGUUGUAAUGACUGUCAAAGGUGCUUCCACAAAAUCACUCUGUAGUGUGUACAAUAUUUAUUUUAUACUAAGGGUGUUCUGUGCUGAGUGUGUAUAGCCUUUUGUUUGCAACUCUAUACAGUGCUUCGAACAAGUGA